AUGGCGCAGCCGCUAUCCAGACAACCAUGUCGAGCGGAUCGCGUGAGAAUGCUCGUCAGUAGAGUGCCAGCUGGGCUUAAGGCUGCAGGAACGGGGGAUCAUCGAGUCGCGAUGGCGAUGCCAGCCGCGCAUGCCUCCGCUGCGCUGGCUCUCCUCGAACCAGACAUGGCUCGAGCGGCGGAGGACGUGUCGUUGCCGCUAGCAUUUCUCAACCCGGCCUACGACAUGGUGGCGGAGGCGGCGCCGCUGGAGUUCAGCGUGCUGUUUCUGUACCUGGGCGGGCUGCUGGCGCUGCUGGGCUUCGGCACCUUCCUCGUCGUGCGCCAGGUGCUCGUGAAGCGCGAACUUGAAAACGCCGCCAAAGAACUGCAGGAUCGCGUGCGGUCGGGUGAGGCGUCGAGCGAGGAGUACUUCGAGCUGGGCGCCAUCAUGCUGCGCAAGAAGUUCUUCGUGGUGGCCAACAAGUACCUCGAGCUCGCCAUCGCCAAGUGGGAGGGCGACGAACAAGAACUCGCGCAGGUGUACAACGCGCUGGGGUUCAGCUACUUCAGUGAGGAGAAGCUGAAGGAGGCAGUGAAGGCGUAUGAGAAGGCCGUCAGCCUGCAGCCCGCGUACGUGACAGCAUGGAACAACCUGGGGGACGCGCUGGAGAGGCAGAAGGAGUGGGCGCGCGCCCUCAAGGCGUACGACACAGCGCUGGUGUACGACCCCUCCAACCGCAUUGCUGUCGGCCGCGCCAAGGACCUCCGCCAGCGCGUCGACUGGCUACGCUACUGA